AUGAUUUACGGAUUGUGCAAGGUUCUCCAACCCUACGAACUUGCCACACGUGAAGUCAGUUCAGACACGGCCAGCUUGAGUCAGGUCAUUCCCCUCAUCAGGCUUUUGCAGAAACAGCUGGAGAAAGUGAAGGAGGAGCUAAGACAUAGUAAUUCUGCUCGGAAUGUGGGACUUGUGGAUGAAGCCCUUAAUUCGCUUUGCCAGGAUGCAAGGGUGGUCAAUCUGUUGAAAUCAGAGCACUACAUUUUGGCCACCGUGCUUGAUCCUAGGUUUAAAGCCUACAUGAUAUCUCUCUUUCCGGUGGACACAAGCCUGCAGUGGUGCAAAGACCUGCUUGUGAAAACACUGUCAGCUGAAGCGGAAAGUGACACGGCAACAGCUCCCUCUUUUUCUCCGGCAACUGGGGUUGCCAUGAAAAAACUUAGAUAUCCGAUUCCUAAACAACCCACUGGCGGUGAUGCAGUGCAGGCUGGACCAACUUUAGACAUCUGGUCUGGACUGAAGGACCUGCCAACAAUUUCAGACAUGUCAACUGUCACUGCAUAUGAUGCUGUCACCAUUGAAAGAAUGAUGGAGGAUUACAUCGUGUUUCUCUCCUUGGUAUUCUUGGCAAUGAUCUGUGGGAUGAGAAGUGAUAUGAAUUUGUUGCAAGAAUGCUUUCAAGAUCGUGAAUAUGAAGAGGUAAUCGAUAUUGCCAAAUAUGGAUUGCCUUCUACUAAGAUGCUUCAUCAAAAAUACAUUGUAAUUGUUGGUGCAGGAAUGUCUGGACUUUCUGCAGCUAAAACUUUACUAAACGCCGGCCACAGAGUGACUGUACUAGAAGCCAGUUAUCGUGUAGGAGGUCGUGUAUUAACACACAGAGACCCAGAGGGCUGGUAUGCAGACUUAGGACCUAUGCGUCUGCCUAUAUCACAAAGGAUCGUGCGUGAAUAUAUUCAGCAGUUUGGUUUGAAACUGAACCCUUUUAUUGUGUCAGAUGAAGACAAUUUUUAUUUUUUCAACAAUAUAAGAAAAACAUACAAGGACGUUGAGAAGACACCAAACCUGUUCGGAUUCCAACUGACAUCUGAGGAAGAAGGAAAAUCUGUUGAAGAUCUGUAUUCUGGAUCAGUAGAAAAAUUUCUGAAGAAAGUCAGUGCCAGGUAUUGCUCUCAAAUAUGGCAGAAAUUUGACAAAGCUUCUGAACAGUCUUUCCUGGAGAAUGAAUUAGGUUUGAGCACAGGAGCUGUUGAAAUGCUUGGACACUACAUGGAUUUGAAUAGUAAUUUAUAUAUCUCAUUCAUUGAAUCAUUGAUAGACGACAUUGUAUUUAACACUACCAGGCUUGAUGAGAUCACUGGUGGCUUUGAUCAGUUGCCAUUGGCCUUUGCCCGCCGUCUUGGAAGUGCGAUCAGACUAAAUUCCACUGUAGUUAAAGUCAUAAGGAGGCAGAAAUCUGUGAUUGUCCAGUACCGCAAAGAUGAAUCCUCAGAUCUCACCAGCAUAGCAGCAGACUAUGUCAUCAUCACCUCCACUGCAAAAGCCACUAGGCUGAUGGAGUUCAGCCCUCCACUGAGUCAUGAGAAGUACAAUGCAUUGAGUUUCAUUCACUAUGCAAGUGCAACAAAGAUUUACCUAAAAUGCAACGAGAGAUUCUGGGAGAAGGAUGGCAUAGUGGGUGGUAGAAGUGUUACUGAUCGCCCAUCUCGAUACAUCUACUACCCAAGUCAUAACUUCACCAAUGGAAUAGGUGUCCUCCUCGCAUCCUACACAGAUACAGAUGAUUCAAUGUUCUUCACAGCACUCAGUGAUGAAGACUGUGUCGAUGUGGUUUUGGAAGACUUGGCUGUCAUCCACAGGAGACCAAAGGAUGAGCUCAAGAAACUCUGCCCAAAAUCAGUGGUGAAGAAGUGGAGUCUGGAUCCACAUUCUAUGGGGGCAUUUGCCUACUUUACCCCUUACCAGUAUGGUAACAUGUAUGAAGCAUUAGCUCAACCUGAAGGCAGAAUAUAUUUUGCUGGAGAACACACAUCUUCUCCUCAUGGUUGGAUAGACACUGCCAUAAAAAGUGGUCUGAAAGCGGCAAGAGACAUCCACAGGGAUGCCAACAAGUUUCUCCAUAAAUGAUUCUGUGUACACACACACACUCUCACACUUAAACAUAUAUCUAUGAUAUAUAAUGCAUAUCUGAAACGUUGACAAAAUGUUUGACCGUCUGCUUAUAUGCCAGGCUGUACCUGGUAACUAUGUAUUGAGAGCUCUAC